AUGUGCUGCCCAAAGGACUGGAAAAGGUUUCAAAACAGCUGCUAUUUUCUGUCCCUUGAUAAGAUGUCCUGGGCUGAGAGUGAGCAGAACUGCACUGGGAUGGGCUCCCAGCUGGUGGUGAUCAACAAUGAGGAAGAGCAGGUUUUCCUCUCUGGAGAGAUAAAACAAGGUACAAGAGGACUGAAUUUCUUCAUUGGUCUGCGAGCAGAGAUUAAGGAUCAGUGGCAGUGGGUGGACAAGACUCCCUAUAAUGUGACAGCAGCGUGAGUAUCCCUGGCUGGAGAGUGAUUGGUGUGGCUCCUGGUAGUGCAAGAA